AUGACCUCUUGCCCUGAGCUAAUUCGAGACUUCCAGGAAGAGCUCAUCUGCUCCAUGUGCAGAAAGUAUUUUACAAAUCCAAUGUCCACUACAUGUGGCCACAGUUUUUGCUAUGUUUGCCUCAUCAGCAGCUGGCCAGAAGCUUCUACACCUUUCUCCUGUCCAGAAUGCGGGUUUGUCUCCUCUCUGAGGGACUUGCGAGCCAAUCAGCGCCUUGGGAAACUAGCAGCCAUUGCCAAAAAUCUAAGUCCCCCUUGCUUUCAGAACCCUGAAGAAAACAAAAGUGAGAUAAAUCAGAAGGGGCACAAGCCGUUUUAUGUGGAUGACUGGAGUCCAAGCCCUGUGUCCUGUUCUCAAUCCCAGGAGCAUGAGCCUCAUACACUCCAUUCCACGGAUGAGUUUGCUGAAAACUUCAAGGAGAAGAUCCAAAAAUCUGUGAAUGUUAUGUGGAGGAAAGCUGAGAAUGUGAUGCAACAGAUGGCUAAUGAGAAGCUGAAAUGUGUACUGUUGGAGGCAGAGGUGGAGACACAAAAGAGAAGGAUUUUGUCUGAAUUCCAGAAACUACAAGGGUUCCUGGAUGAGGAGAAGGAUGAAUAUCUGUCAAUUGUGCAGCAGCAAUUGAGAACCAACAUGGAAGGCCUGAGCAAGAGAAUGAAGAAACUGUCCCACCUGAAUCAAGAAUUAAGGAAGAGGAUCUUAGAGUUAGAAGAGGAGUGCAAGAAACCAGAUAUGGAUUUGCUACAGGAUAUGAAAAGAGUGUUAAACAGGAAUGAAUCUGUGCUCCAAAAGGAAAUAGAAAAAUUCCUUAUAAAAAAAACUGUCCAGCCCAUUCCUGGAAUUACAGAAAUGCUUUUGAAAUUCAAAGUGGACAUCACUCUGGAUCAUAAUGCAGCCUGUCCAGGACUCAUUAUAUCUGAAGAUUUAAAGAGUGUGAGAUAUGGAGGUACUCAAGAGCAAGAGCCCCACAACAGUGAGACAUUCAGUGCUUUUGCCCAAGUUCUUGGUACUCAGUCUUUGACUUCAAGAAGAUGCUACUGGGAGGUGGAGAUGAAGGUGCCAGGUGACACUGGAUGGUGUGUUGGCAUCUCUAAAGGACCAAUUCUACCUGCAGAUUUCUUUGUGCUUAUGGCCAUGAAAGGUCAUAAUGGCUACCAUCUUUUUGCUAUAGGCAAGCAGCACCUUUAUUCUGUGCCUCAUGUAAAAUACUGCCAGAACUGUGUGUCCAACCUAAUGGUGGGUAUUUUCCUUGACUAUGAAAAAGGAGAGGUGUCAUUUUAUAAUGUUAAAGAAAGAUCUCUUAUUUUUGCCUUUCAAAACAUUUACUUCUCAGGACCUUUUCAACCUUUCUUCUGUCUUUCUAAGAAAAUCCUGACAAAUGAUUGCUCUCUCAUGAUCUGUCCCUAA